GGGAAAGCUUUUGGGUGAGUCAGCAAAGUAACAUAGCUAGAGAAGAAUGAAAACUCCAAUGAAUGCAUUAUUAGGGGCUUCGCUCCUACGUGACGCGGCUGAGCCAUUUCAACUAAGCUUCCAAGAUGCUGCUAGUCCUGUUAUGGAAGAGAUUUUAUUUCUUCAUAAUCAAAUUAUGUUUAUUUUAACUAUUAUUAUAACAACUGUAUUAUGGUUAAUUAUAAGAGGAUUAACAGGUCAAGCUUAUCAUCGUUAUCUUAUAGAAGGAGUUACAAUAGAAAUUGUCUGGACUAUUAUUCCAGCAAUCAUUUUAGUAUUUAUAGCAUUUCCUUCUUUGAAACUACUUUAUUUGAUGGACGAGAUAGUAGAACCCGGUGUAACAGUUAAAGCUAUAGGUCAUCAAUGGUAUUGGUCUUAUGAAUACUCAGAUUAUCAAACUGUCUCAGGUGAAGAUAGUACCUUAGAAUUUGAUUCUUAUAUGAUACCUACAAGUGAUCUUCAACCCGGCGAUCUUCGACUAUUAGAGGUUGACAAUAAAAUGGUUGUUCCUGUUGAUACUUAUGUUAGAGUUUUAGUUACAGGCGCAGAUGUACUCCACUCAUUUGCUGUACCUUCAUUAGCUAUUAAAAUGGAUGCUGUACCUGGACGUCUUAAUCAAACCGGAUUUUUAGCUAAAAGACCGGGAUUAUUUUAUGGUCAAUGUUCAGAGUUAUGUGGUGCUAAUCACUCUUUUAUGCCUAUUGUUAUAGAAGCUGUUAGCAUGAAUAAAUAUAUCAGUUGGCUAUCUUCAUUAUGUGAUGAUCUUUAGAAGAUUUUCCAAUCAUCAAAUAUGCCUCACUUAGAUAUAACUGCUUAUUUAACUCAAUAUAGCUGGACAUUAAUAAUUUUAUUAGCACUUUAUAGUAUUAUGAGUUUAUUUAUUUUACCUAAAAUUCAAAAUAACUUACGUAUAAGAAGUUUACUACAGGAAGAAGGGACAGCCCCUAGUAAGGGAUUCGGGGUUAAUAGAGCAUAUGUAAUAUUACAAGAUAUACUCCGUAAAUAAGCCCAUUUCCUACAUAUAUUUAAUAUGGCAGCUUCUUUCUUUGAUCAGUUUAAUAUAGUUAGGAUAAUUGGGGGUAUAAUUACUAAUUCUUCUAUUGUAAUGCUUAUUCUAUUGAGUGUAGUAAUAUUAAUAGGAAGUUGUUCAUAUAAAUUAAUACCCACAAGAUUGCAGGCUAUACAAGAAAUUGUUUAUUCUCACUUUUUAGGGUUAGUAAAAGAUUCCACAGCUAAUAAGGGAACUCAACAUUUCAUUUUUAUAGUAACCCUGUUUACAUUUAUUGCUGGGUUAAAUAUAUUGGGUUUAUUCCCCUAUGUAUUUGCCCCAACUUCUCAUAUUAUUGUUACUUUCGGGUUAAGUUUAUCUAUUUUAGUAGGAGUAACAAUAUUGGGAAUAACACAACACCGUUGGAAUUUUGCUUCGAUGAUGAUGCCUAGUGGGUCUCCUAUGUUUUUAGCUCCACUAUUAGUUGGGAUUGAAACAAUUAGCUAUGCUUCCCAGGCAAUUUCUUUAGGUGUUCGAUUAGCUGCUAAUUUAUCUGCUGGGCACCUUUUAUUUGCUAUAUUAGCAAGUUUUGGAUUCACAAUGAUUAGUAAUGAUAUGUUAGUUUUAAGCUUAGCCCCAAUAUUAGUGAUGGUUUUCAUAACUUUACUAGAAAUUGCUGUGGCUUCGAUUCAAGCAUAUGUAUUUUGUCUAUUAACUGUUAUUUACAUCAA